UCACAUGACCACGCCCACUUGACAGGAUCCUGGAAGAAACUCGGCGCUUAUUCAUUGAAUAAAAACCUGUUUAAGGUUGGUAGGAAGUUUGACAGAGAUCCGGGUGUGUCUUGGGUUCAGCAGAUCAUCCGCUUUGAAUUAAUAAAACUUCACAGAGCUGAAGAUCUGACGAGAUCUAUAAGUUUAGCGAGUAGUAACAUUAGACUGAGUCGGUGCAGUUAUACCUGUUGUACCUGAUGCUGCUGUGCAUCAAGGCUCAUUCAGACUGCAGUUGACCGCUACAUUUUUUUCUACCCGUCCAUCAUGAAAGCUCUGAUCCUUGUCGGAGGCUACGGCACAAGAUUACGGCCUCUCACGCUCAGUGUGCCCAAGCCGCUGGUGGAGUUCUGCAACAAACCCAUCCUGCUCCAUCAGGUGGAAGCCUUGGUCAAGGCCGGUGUCCGUCAUGUCAUUCUGGCCGUCAGCUACAUGUCCGAUCUUCUGGAAAGAGAGAUGAGGGCACAGGAACAGAGACUUGGAAUAAAAAUCUCCCUUUCCCAUGAGAAGGAGCCGCUGGGGACAGCUGGUCCUCUCGCUCUGGCUCGUGAACUGCUGACGGACAGCGACGAGCCGUUUUUUGUGCUCAACAGUGACGUGAUCUGUGACUUCCCCUUCGAGGACAUGCUUAAAUUCCACAAGAACCACGGCAAAGAGGGCACCAUUGUCGUAACUAAAGUAGAGGAGCCGUCGAAGUACGGUGUGGUGGUGUACGAGGGGGAGACCGGACGCAUUCACCGCUUUGUCGAGAAGCCGCAGGUUUUCGUCUCCAACAAAAUCAACGCUGGAAUGUACAUCUUCAGCCCGAGCAUGCUGAGGAGAAUACAGUUGCGACCCACCUCUAUUGAGAAGGAGAUUUUCCCGGUCAUGGCUGAGGAGGGACAGCUUUAUGCCAUGGAGCUUCAAGGGUUCUGGAUGGACAUUGGUCAGCCUAAAGACUUCCUGACUGGCAUGUGCAUGUACCUGCAGUCUGUCAGGCAGAACGCUCCUGAGAGGCUCCGCACUGGACCCGGCUUCCUCGGCAACGUCUUAGUGGACCCAACGGCAGUGAUCGGGGAGAACUGCACAAUUGGGCCUAAUGUGACCAUUGGCGCUGGUGUGGUGUUGGAGGACGGCGUGAGGAUCAAACGCUGCACCGUGCUGAGGGGAGCUCACAUCCGCUCACACUCCUGGCUUGAGUCAUGCAUCGUGGGCUGGAGCUCUUCUGUAGGACAAUGGGUGCGGAUGGAGAACGUGACUGUUCUGGGCGAGGACGUGAUCGUCAGCGACGAGCUCUACAUCAACGGUGCUAACGUUCUGCCCCACAAGUCCAUCACAGACUCUGUGCCUGAGCCUCGCAUCAUCAUGUAGAAAGCACAUACGUUCUUGUACUUCUCUGUGCCCGAGUGUGUGGAGAGCACUAACGGUUUGGGGUGUUGCUUGGAAUUUUAGUGUGGACAGAAUACCCAAAACAAAACGGGAGGGUCCUAGAGGGUCAAUGUUGUAAGUAUUGUAAAGGAUGGGCGGUGAAGUUCCUGUAUUUAACUGUCGAGAUGAAGGUUUGUCUAGUGUUCUUCUGGAUCAGCCCUGUGCGUAUGAUACAGGACUUGUAUGAACAGGCAAAGGUUGGAUCAAAUGUCACAUUGCCUUAAAAAUGGGAGAGCUGGUGUCCCUUAUGCAACUUAUUCCUUCAUUUGUCUUUUUCCUUACAGAUGUUUUGGUUAAUAAUAGGCUUGUCUGUGCAAUGUAUAUGUAUGGUACUAUACAGUACAUAUAGUACAUAUUGAGCUGAGUAAAGCUUGCAACUCGUUGCCAUAGUAUCCAUGUAACCCAGGUUAAAGGAAUAUUCAGGCGUAUUUCAACCUAAUCUCUAUCCACUGCAUGUAGUGUAUAUGUGUUUACCACAUAUAAGAGUUCUAACACAUUUCUCUGUAUUAGGAAAAGAACCUGUUUACUCAAAAUUCUCUUAUAAUGGAAGUCUAAGGGCAUGCGACUACACACUAAAUGGCCAAAAGUAUGUGGACACCCAAGUAUUGAACAUCGCAUUCCAAAAUGAGUUGUCCUUCUUUUGCAGUUAUAAUAAUUUCCACUCUUCUGGGAAGGGUUUCGACUAGAAUUUGGACUGUGGUUGUGGGGAUUUGUGCUCAUUCAGCCACAAGAGUGCAAGAAGUCAGGUAUUGAUAUCCGGCAAGGAGGCCUGGGGUGCAUUCGGUGUUCCAGUUCAUCCCUAAGGUGUUCAGUGGGGUUGAGGUCAGGGCUCUGUGCAGGACACACAGGACUUAUAGUGUAUAACGUGAAUACAGACCUACAAACUAUUAAAUGCCGAGUAAAAGUCUUAGGACGAGACAGACAUAAGAGGACUUUCUGUCAUUGAAGCAAUAAAGUAAAAGGUAAUUCAGAUUGCUUCCCUCUGAUAAAGUAGUCCUGACUCUGACAGGAUGUUUUGCAUAAAACUUUUAUUGACACAAUUCAACAACUGCCCUUAGACAUCCAUUAUAAGUGACGGUAAAAUAAACAGGGAAUAUUAAUAAAAACAAAUUAAGCUUUCAUCAUAUAGUAUUUUUUAAACUGCAACGAAAGCAAAGUGCUUUAAAAAGAAUUAAAAUGCUGUGGAAAAAGAAUGGACAAAUAAAUUAUAAUAAAUAUAGAAAUGUGCAGAUAUAGUAGGUAGAGAUUAGGUUAAAAAAAUGUUUAAAAAAGAAUAUUCCUUUAAUGUGGAGUAAGAGAAGCAGAUGAAGCCACAGUAAAAAAGGAAAAUCAUGCAGUAAUUUUAUCUGAGCUCAUCACGGUUCAGUUAUUUCCACGUUAUAAAUCAUGUAUGCACUCUGUUGGAGAGAUUGUAGUGAACAUGAAACUGAACAAAUACUGGAAUGUAUCAUGUUAAUUUGAACUGACCAUGAAGUACUUCAGUGCUACCACUAAAAUGUCAGCCCAGACAAUAUGAACACUUUUAAUGGCAUUUUUUAAAAUCAGAAUUAAUAUAAACAAUAUGAGCAA